AAAAUAUAAUUUCGCACCGAAGGCCUCAGGCUAUAUAACGGAACUAUCGAAUACUUUAAAAAAUAUAUCUGCACAUCGUAACGAUGACGAGCAACAAGUGAUUUCUGAAGGGACCUUACAUAACUCAAAAGACACUCACAAACCACAGACUAAAAGUUUAAAAGGAAAAGUUCUUUAUUUCUCCGUAAAAGAUGUAGUUACCUUGGAUCGCGUAAAGAGUGAUUGCAAACUUUUAGGGGCUAAAAUAACUUCCAACUUUUCAAAAACGGUUACUUUUAUUUACGAUCCUGCUUUCAUUCAAAACGAAGUAAGAAAAGAAAAUGCCAUUGCUUUUCGAAAUACAUAUUUGAGCCGGAGAGCGAAGAAAACUGCCGAAGCUGGUAAAGUAUAUUCUACACCACUCGUGGAACGGGCAGCCAAGCUGGGUUGCCAUAUUAUGACUUAUAACGCUUUAAAACUUCAUCUAAAGAAAAAUGAAAAGCUUCUUGACGCUCUCAAACGGGAAAGUGAAUGGCAAGGGCUAUAUAAAGUUAUUGACCCUUCACACCCGAAUUUUGUUGCUUUUCGGGGUUGUGCUUGGAAAUUUGAAUCGCUGACUGGACACUUCCGACCUAACUAUCGAGAACUCUCACUAAACUCCUUCUUGACACGCGGUCUCUAUAGACACUAUAAGGGACUUCGGCCAGAAGGAUGCGUUGUUCUCCGGCAGGAGCGAAAGGCAACGGCCUUGAAAAACAAAAAUUCCAGCGGCCAGAAAAGACUUUUCUGUGAGCACUGCCACGUGACCUUUCACAGCCUUCAUCACUUCAAAACAGCCGAACACGUGGCUCGGGCCAACUAUGCGGAGGUCGAUGCCUUUUGGGAAACCGUUAAAGCCUCGUAUGUCCACCAGCAGAACUUGCGAAGUGUAACCGCAAGCUUCGAAAAUAGCCAUGUUAUGAAAAGCCUAGAAAACUCUAGUUUGUACGAUUAUUUAGAAAAUUGCACCACUAAUAGCCCUUCUAAUAAUAAUAAGUAUGAUAAUAAUGCGGACCACUCUUCGUGUGAUGAAGAGCUGGAAUCUCUGUAAAAGAAAAAAAAUAUUUCAGAAAACAAGUUUUGAGCACUCAUUUAGUUGAUCAUAAAACGUUUAUUAUAACCGUUAAAAACAAAAAACGCCGGAAAAGGGAGAAAGCGGAAUUAAAGGAGUUUAUUCUUAUACUGACCGCCACUCAGCCAAGUGGUGAAGAUUUGGACAAUAGAAAAAUAGAUGAGGAACAGAAGGAGUUAAUACCACUCUACGAGACUGGUGGUGUUCAAAGACAAAAUAAUAUUUUAAAAGCCCGUCAAAUUAACUUAGUUAACACUGUACUGGUCUUGCCCACUGCAAAAGUGUCAAUAAUUUUUUAUAAGAACGGUAAAUUUAGACUCUCCUAUAACUCGAAUUAAG